AUGAUGCUCAGAGGACCUUGUGGCUGUGUACUUCACCUGGGAAGGGAAGAAUGGCAGUACCUGGAUGAUGCUCAGAGGACCUUGUACAGGGACGUGAUGCUGGAGACCUCUAGCAGCAUGGUGUCAUUGGGGCACUGCAUUACCAAACCUGGGUUGAUCUUCAAGUUGGAGAAAGGUGCAGAGCCAUGGACAACAGAAGAACCCCCAAACCAGAGGCUCCCAGAUGUCCAGGAAGUUGAUGGCCUAAUUCAGCAGAAUCAAGAAAGUCACUGUAGACAUUUGUGGCAAGUUGUAAUCACCACCAACAACACAUCAACUGAGGAAAGAGUUGAGUUAGGAAACUCAUUUAAUUUGAGCUCUAACCAUAUAUCAAAUCUGUUUAUAAAUAAUGGAAACUAUUCAGAAAUGAGGCCUGAUGAGUUUAAUGUAUGUCAGAAUGCACUUCUUCCUAUAGAUCCUGAUGAAAUGCAUGCUGGAGAGAAGCAUGAAUGCCUUAGUAUAACUGGGAAAUCCCUCAGACACUGUGAGCAUUUCAGUCAGCAUAACAAGCAUCAGCCAAGGCAGCAGCCUUCUGAAUAUAGUGCACAAGUACCAAAAAUAUUUACACAUAAGAGGGUUCAUAUGGGAGAGACCUCCUGUAAUGAUAAUGAAUAUGGGAAAGGCUGUGAUAAGUCAGCUCGCAUUGCCCAAGACGUAACUCAGGUAGGGAGGAAAACAUUUGAAUGUGAUGUAUGUGCAAACAUGUUCUGUAAACAGUCUAAACUCACUAACUGGCAGAAAACACACACAGGGGAGAAGCCCUAUAAACGUAGUGAAGGUGAGAAAUACUUCAUUAAGAAAUCAUACAUUCCUACACAUCAGAGAACACAUAUUGGGGAGAAGCCCUACACAUGUAGUAACUGUGACUGUUUUUCCUAUCAGAUAUUGGACCUUACUAAGCACCAGAGAACUCACAUGGAGGAACAGUCCUAUGGAUGUAUUGGAUAUAAAGAAAACUUUCAUGAGAAGUCAUUCUUCAGCAAGAGUCACAGAAUUCACAAUGUUGAGAAACGGUAUGAAUGUGACAUAGGCAGAAAGACUUUCUAUGUUAUAUCACACCUCAGUAUGCAUCAGAAAAUUCACAGAGGUGAGAAGCUCUUUGCAUGUAAUGAGUGUGGAAAAUCCUAUUAAUGGAAGUCACACUGGAGCAGACAUCAGAGCACUCAUACUGGUGAAAAGCCAUAUGAAUGUGAAGAAUGUGGAAAAGCUUAAACAGAAUCACACCUCAGCAGAGAAUGUGGAAAAGCUUUUCCAUUGAAGUCACGCCUCAGCUUGCAUCAGAGAAUUCAUACAGGUGAGAAACCCUAUGAAUGUAAAGAAUGUGGAAAAGCUUUUAAGCAGAAGUCACACCUCACCAGGCAUCAGAGUAUUCAUACAGGUGAGAAACCAUAUAAAUAUAAAGAAUCUAGGGAAACAUUCUACAGCAAAUCACACCUCAGUGCACAUCACAGUAUUCACAGAGGUGAGAAUCUAUAUGAAUAUAAUAAAUGUGGACAAACCUUUGACCUGAAAUCACACUUCUGUGUGCAUCAGAGUCCUCACACAGGGAAAAACCCUUGGGGUGAAUGUGGAAAAACAUUUCAGAAGAUAUCAGCCCUCAUAGAGCAUCAGAGAAUUCACACACGUGAAAGACCCUAUGAAUAUAAUGAAUGAGGUAAAGCGUUCUACAGAAAAUCACACCUCAGCCACCAGAGAAUGCAUACAGGUAAGAAACUCUAUGAAUGUAAAGAAUGUAGGAAAGCUUUCUACAAAAAGUCACAACUUAAUGCACACCAGAGAAUUCAUAUAGGUGAGAAAUCAAGAUGUCACACUGGUGAGAAACCUUAUGAAUGUAAAGAAUGUGCUAUAACUUUCUAUAGUAAAUCAAAAUUAAGUGGAUGUCAGAUAGUUCACACAGGGGAGAAACCCUUUGAGUUUAAUGACCAUCAGAGCACUGACACUACUUUUACAAAAAAGUCACACCUCAACAGACAUCAGAGUAUCCACACAGGCGAGAAACCAUAUGCGUGUAGAGAAUGUGGAAAAGCCUUCAAUGAAAAGUCAUGCCUCAACAGGCAUCAGAGAAUUCACACAGGUGAGAAACCAAAUAAACUUUUUAUCAGAAGUCAGUCCUCACUACAUCACAGAACUCACACAGGUCAGAAAUGCUAUGAGUUUAAAGAAUGUGGAAAAACUUUUAACUGAAAGUUACAUGUCAGCAGGCAUCAAACUCAUGCAAAUGAGAAACCAUAUGAUUGUAAACUAUGUAAGAAAUUUUUCCACUGUAAAUCAUACCUCACUGAACAUCAGAGUUCAGUCAGGGACAUGAUUCAGGAUAGGGAAAACUCCCCAGAAGUUUCAGAAACUGUGGCCCAAACUGAAAAAAUACUAAAAGCCAGUUCCAAAACUGACCUCCGAAAUCCCUCUCCACCGCCUAGGGUGGACGUAGAUCUAAUCUCCCUAGAAGAUGAGAGUGAGGAGGUCAAGGCAGCCAGUGCCAUACCUAAGAGAUCUAAAAAGUAUCCACUAUUAAAAUUCCAGGAUGAUGAGGAGGCACAGAAUCCUGAUCCCUCAGGAGUUGAUUGGGGUGAUCUGGACACAGAGGCCACUGAAUACCAUGCACCAGAUGAUGCAUUCUUGGCUCAGCCUUUGUCACGCCCUUUCCCUCACAAUUUGCCCUCCACUCCCACGGUGGUGACUGUAUCAGAUCCUUUAAAAAAUUUAGAGUCAAAAAUUCAACAAUUAGAAAAACAAAUUCUCUUAGAGGAAAAACUUCAGUUCUUAAUGACCAAACUGUAA